UUGAAAUUUGGUCACAUGAUAUUCACCUGACGACUUUGGCUUGAGAAAAGUUUUCAACCACAAAAGAGUCUGCUAGCGAGACUAAAAAGUAAUUGGAGGUUUUUGCCGUGUUUUAAAUUGUCGUCAAGAUGAAAAUUUGUGGUCCCAAAUUGUCCCUGUGCGGUCUGAUAAUAUCAGUUUGGGGCAUUGUUCAAUUGGUGCUUAUGGGCCUAUUUUUUUACAUAAAUAGUGUGGCCCUUAUCGAGGACUUGCCACUAGAGGAGGAAUACCAUUCGUUGGAAGCCUUCUAUACAGCCGCAAAUCGAGCGUAUAAACAGAACGCCUACAACUGCUGGAUCGCUGCAUGCAUAUACGUUUUGACAUUACUGCUAUCCGCACAACAAUUCUAUAUGAACAGCAGAGUGACUGCCAACUAAUAGAAAAAAUAACACCUCAGUGUCACUGUUAUGGCUUAUGUGGUAGAGCAUUUUCGUUAUCAUAUACAGCGCUGACCAAUAAUAGUAUUGAUAUGUUUGGUUCAAUAUAUUUGUUAAACCUACUUUUAUUUUUUGUGUCUUGACACACGUUUCGUCAUUAAAUAACUAAUUAAAAUGUGUAAUACUUCGCCAAACUUAGUUAUUCGUUUUUGCACUUAAUUCGUUUCGUUGUACUGUCCCAUAAAAUGCAUUCCCAAUUAAAUAAGUGAAUUUCCACAGUA